GGCUGGGUGGAGAAGAGAGGUGCAGGAAAGGACGGUUCCGACACCCCCGAACGCAGCCGGGUCAGGGUUCACAGCAUUCUCGCCAGGGAAAAAGAUCUGGCUCUGGCUAUCAGUACACCCAGCUUGCGGUUCGAGCCUGUGCCUGGAGAAGCUCUCCUGGGACUGGAAGUUCCUACUCCUACCCCCAGCAAAGUUACUAUGCGGGAGGUAAUGGACUCUCAGGACUUCAGAAAGAUUGCUACUAAGGGCGGCCUGCCCAUUGCGCUGGGCGCAGAUGCGGGCGGUGAUUCGGUGGCUAUGGACCUGUCUGGCCUGCCUCAUAUGAUGAUUGCUGGCGCUACGGGGAGCGGCAAAAGCGUCUGCAUCAACUCCAUAGUUGCUUCUAUGCUGCUAACCAAACCACCGGACCAAUUACGAAUGUUGAUGGUUGACCCCAAACAGGUGGAGCUUACUCCCUUCAACGGAAUACCCCACCUGGUAGUUCCCGUCAUAACUGACGUCGAUGAUGUCAGUCCGAUGCUCCGGGGUCUUAUCCGUGAGAUGACGCGGCGUUAUAAGGCAAUGGCUGACCUGGGGACUCGUAACAUCAGCGGAUACAACGCCAAGUCCAAAGACUCUAUGCCAUUCCUGGUCUUGAUUGUCGACGAACUUGCCGACCUGAUGCUGGUUGGCGGGUUCGAAAUCGAGCAGUCCCUGGUUCGCCUGGCUCAACUGGGGCGGGCGGCCGGGAUACAUUUGGUGUUGGCGACCCAACGCCCUUCCGUAAAGGUAGUUACCGGUCUGUUGAAGGCGAACAUACCUGCUCGGGUGGCCUUCGCGGUUGCUUCCCAGGUUGAUGCGCGAGUCAUUCUUGAUUCCGUCGGCGCCGAAAAAUUGCUGGGAAAGGGCGACAUGCUGCUGGUCUGCAACGAUUCACCCAAGGCGCGCCGGGUUCAGGGGACGCUGGUCUUGGAUGAUGAGAUUGAAAAACUGGUGAGUUUCUGGCUGGAUCAGAAGGGUCCGCCGCUGCCCCCGAUCAACCUCGAAGAUGACGAAGAAGAUGCCGAAUUUGGGGAUAGCGUAGACGAGAGUCUUGUAGACAAAGCUCGGGAACUGGCGCUAAGGAACCCACAUUUGACACCGUCCCUGCUGGAACGCCGCCUGAAAAUUGGCGGAAGCCGAGCUGAGCAAAUAGUGGAAGUUCUAGAAGAUGAAGGCUUGUUGAUCCCUCGUUAG